AGCAAGCUCACAGUGGCCAACUGGGCAAGAGGUACCUCUACUGGUGAGAGGCAGGAUGGAUGACCACAUUAAUUAAUUUACAAAGACGGAGUGUCUCUCAAUUAAAACACGUCACAAAUCAAAAGAGGCUCUAUGCUCUCCUUGCCCUCCCAGGGGGCAGCAGCAGCACCAUCCCUCCCUGCCCUAGUCUGCCUGGCAGCUGGUUUUAAGGCUAUUAAGGGGAUUCUGGGGUUGGAGACCUCUUUAGGCUCUACUCUUCUCCCUUAAAAAUCUUCAGAGACUGAGGGUUUGUCUUUCAUUUUGGUCUUUGUCUUUUGCUGCUGGAGUUUUCCACCUUGGAGGGGUGAUGGUUCAGCACUGCACAUGGACAGGCUGGAGACCUAAAUUUAGCAGGGGUUAGGGCUAUUUUCUUGGGUGAUUUUGAUGAGGGGAGAGAAUAGAGGUGUAUGAAACACCUGGUUUUGAGCAGCCCUGAGAUCUGUGGGGGAGAGGGGGAAACAAGCAAAGAGAAGGAAAAUGUUAGAAAACAGCUUUUGCUGCCAAACAAAGCCUUCGUGGAACUACAAAUUUUUGGCUUUCCUGUUAAUUUAACUAAUAAAUGCAUUAAAAUAAAUGAAGCACAAAUAUUGCAUGAAUUGAAUAAGUAAUGAAAUUACAAAACUAACUGGAAAAUACCUUAAUAUGAAAAGUGCAGGAGGGUUUUGGAUAAUGAGAAACAGGAGGAAAUGGCUGGUCCUAGAGGAGGUGAAUCACUCAUGUGAUUCGUGGUGACCACGUACAGCUGCAGGUGACACCUCGAUGGGAACAGAAGCCUGUGCCAGGCCAGUGCUGCUCUGGGCACAGCCUCCUUUCUAAUUUUAUCACCAAAAUUUCACUGCAUUACUGCUAAUGUGGCAAGCAGAUGUCCUUAGGCACUCACACUGUCGCUGGCAGGCAGCAGCUAACCCUUAGCCCUGUUUCUUUGUUGUUUAGAAGAGUCUGAUCACCCGUGAUUUUAAAUGUGAGAAGUUUAUUCUUGUCACUUCCAAAUGUUUUCUUUAAUUGUUCUUCCCUUGCCAUCUAUUUUUGGCUUAAAUUAAGAUCAGCCAUGAACACUACCAAUAAAGCUCGUGUGUCAAGUCAGCGCAUCAGAUCAGAGCUGCCCCUGACAGAGGGUCUGUAAAACCUCACUGGUUCCUUCCCAUCAAGGGGGAUGCACUUUUGUGUGGCUCUUGUUUGGCUUUCCCCUCUCGAAUGUCUUUUUGUGAGCUGGGAAAGCUUUCCAUGAGUCUGGACAUCAUGGUCCCAUCACCAGCCCCACAAUGCCUGUUGUGCAUCGACCUCCAUGGAUGUGCAGGUGGGCCAAGUGCAUGCCCAGCCUUUGAUUCUCCCCUUCCCAGUGCCUCAGCUUCCCUCUUACAAAAGAGAAAAGGGAAUUAACUUUGGUCUUGGGCUGGAAAACAUAUCUCAACCUCUUGGAUCACGCCCCAUGCUAUUCCUCACAGGGGAUGUGCUCUUUGCACCCAGAUCCUGCAACCCCUGCUGACUCUUCCCUGCACCCUCCAUGGGUUAUGUCCCAAUGCGUGCCAGCUCCCUGGGGUCGAGGUGGCCCAGCUGGUGGUGGUGCAUGGUGCUGCAGUUUGUUCAGUUCUCAGUGCCACGGCCAGGUCCCAGGCAGUGCCAGUGGGACCUUGUCCUAUUACCUGGUGCCAGAGCAAUGCUGGGCCAAGUGCCAGUGGCUGGAAGGUCCCAGUGGCUACUGCCAGUGUCCAGCUGUGCAGGUGCCAGUUCCCAGUUCCAGUUCCCAGCUGGUGCUGCUGGUGUCAGGGUAGCCCAGAUCCCCAUUCCUGUUCCCUACCCAGAAUGGUGCCAGCUCCUGUUCCCGCUGCUGGGCCCAUUUUGUGGAUGAUCCCAGGUCUUGGUGCCCGGGCCGUGCUGGACCCGGAUCCCGGUUCCCAGCAGGGUUCCCAGCUCACCAGACCGGUGCCCAGCUCCUGGAGCAGCGCCAGCUGGCGCCGUUCCCAUCUCCCACUACCGGCUGGUGCCAGUCCCCAUUCCCAGGAGCGACCACAGUUCCCAGCAGUGGCAGUGCCGCUUUCCGGUGCCGGUUCCCAUUCCUGGUGAGAGUCCCCGGUGCCGCUUCGCUGUCCAGUUCCCGAUCCCGUUCCCGUUCCCGGUUCCCAGUGCCGGUUCCCAUUCCCGCUCUCCGUGCCGAUCCCCAUUCCCGGUGCCGGCGCUGGUUCCCGGAGCCACUCGCGGUACCGCUGGCGGGUUCCGUGCCGUGUGCCCGGUGCCGGUGCCGGUUCCGUCCGUGCUCGGUGCAGGCGCAGGCGCGGUCCCUGCCCGCCCGUCGGGGCGGUGCUUGCGGGAGCGAAGCGCUGCGGGCAGCGGCGCGCCCGGAGCGGCGGCACCGGCACCGGCACCGGCCCCAGCCCCAGCCCCGGGCAGGGCUGGUGGGGAAGGAUGUUUUCCUCCGUGAAGCCGUACGAGAACCAGCGCUACGCCUCCCUGAAGAAGGAGUGCCAGCGGCGGAAGCAGCUCUUUGAGGACCCGCUCUUCCCCGCCAACGAUGACUCGCUCUUCUACAAGUCAAGGAUUCAGGGCAUCCAGUGGAAGCGACCCAGAGAAAUCUGCAAUGAUCCACGUCUCUUUGUGGAUGGGAUCAGCUCCCAUGACUUACACCAGGGCCAGGUCGGGAACUGCUGGUUUGUGGCUGCCUGCUCCUCCCUGGCAUCCCGGGAGUCUCUGUGGCAGAAGGUCAUCCCAGACUGGAAGGAGCAGGAGUGGAACCCUGAGAAACCCGAGAGCUACGCGGGGAUCUUCCACUUCCAGUUCUGGCGUUUCGGUCAGUGGCUGGAUGUGGUGAUCGAUGACCGCCUGCCCACACUCCACAAUCAGCUCAUCUACUGCCACUCCAACUCCAGGAAUGAGUUCUGGUGUGCCUUGGUGGAGAAAGCUUAUGCCAAGUUGUCAGGCUGUUACGAGGCCCUGGAUGGAGGCAACACAGCCGAUGCCCUGGUGGAUUUCACUGGCGGGGUCUCUGAACCCAUCGACCUGACCGAGGGGGACUACAUCGCUGAUGAAGCCAAGCGAAACCUCCUCUUUGAGCGCGUGUUGAAGGUGCACAACAGGGGAGGCCUCAUCAGCUGCUCCAUCAAAGCCACCUCAGCAGCUGACAUGGAGGCUCGCCUGGCCUGCGGGCUGGUGAAGGGCCACGCGUACGCGGUGACGGACGUGCGGAAGGUCCGUCUGGGCCACGGCCUUCUGUCCUUCUUCAAGUCAGAGAAGCUGGACAUGAUCCGCAUGCGCAACCCCUGGGGCGAGCGGGAGUGGAACGGCCCUUGGAGCGACACCUCUGAGGAGUGGCAGAAAGUGAGUAAAAGUGAGAGAGAGAAGAUGGGAAUGACAGUGGAAGAUGAUGGGGAGUUCUGGAUGACCUUUGAAGAUUUCUGCAAAUACUUCACAGACAUCAUCAAGUGCCGUCUGAUCAACACCUCCUACCUGAGCAUCCACAAGACCUGGGAGGAGGCAGUGCUACACGGGGCAUGGACCAGAAGCAGUGACCCCUUGAAAAAUCGCUCCGGAGGCUGCAUCAACCACAAGGACACUUUUCUGCAGAACCCCCAAUAUGUGUUUGAUGUGAAGAAGGCAGAAGAUGAAGUGCUGAUCUCCAUCCAGCAGAAGCCCAAAAGGACCAGUCGCAAAGAGGGCAAAGGAGAGAACUUGGCCAUAGGAUUUGAUAUCCAUAAGGUGGAGCUGAACAGGAACUACCGAAUGCACACCCUGCAGCAGAAGGUGGCCAGCUCCAUCUACAUCAACUCCCGCAGCGUCUUCCUGAGGACAGACCUGAAGGAAGGCCGCUACGUCAUCAUCCCCACCACUUUUGACCCUGGCCACGAGGGCGAGUUCCUUCUCAGGAUUUUCACAGACGUGCCUUCAGAUUGCCGAGAGCUGACACUGGAUGAGCCACCACACACCUGCUGGAGUGGGAUGUGUGGCUACCCACAGGUGGUAUCCCAGAUCCAUGUCCUUGCUGCAGCUGGGCUCAAGAAUCAGGACACCCAAGGAGGAGCUGACCCUUAUGUGAUCAUCAAGUGCGAAGGGCAAAAGGUUCGCUCCCCGGUGAAGAAGAACACGGUAUCACCAGAGUUCGAUGUGAAAGGGCUCUUCUACCGCAAGAAGCCAGGGCAACCCAUCAUUGUUCAGAUCUGGAACCACAACUUGAUAAGUGACGAGUUCUUGGGCCAAGUGGUGCUCACGGGGGAUCCCAGUGACCGGCAGUCGGUGCACACGCUGCACCUCCAGGACAAGGGGAACAGGAGGUCAAACGACCUCCCUGGAACCAUUGCUGUGAAGCUGCUCAGCAGCAACAUCCUCACCAACGUCUGAGUACUCAAGGAUGACUCUUCUGGUGCCACAUAUGUGAAUAUAAACAUGCACACAUACCUACAUAUAAAUAUAUAUAGAGAGAGAGACACACAGAGCCUGCCUACCAUCUGCCAAGUGUAUAUGAACCACGCAUGCAUUCCACUCCAAGGAGCCAAUCUUGUGUUUUCAGCAUUGAAAAAUGGUGCCUUUUUUGUGGGGGGGAACUGCAACGAUCCUUCUGCUGGCGUCCUCUGCAGCCCCCCUGGCUGUGCCGUGGGCCCGCUGUGAGCACGCUGUGUGUCCUGACAGCCAGAGCACGAUGCCCUGGGGCUGUUUGUUUACACAGGCUGGCACACACACGUGCCACCACGCACACGUGUGGCCACCGUGGCCCCGCCAGCUGCUUCAGUGCACCCUCGAUGUGUCUGCUUGGGUUAAGAGUAGUGUGCAUGGAGUUGUGUCCCUUGAAAUCGCCGUGUAAUCGCUUACCCAUGGAGGCACCCCAGCAAAGGAGGAGUGCAAAAACAGAUCAGGGCCUGUAGGAUGAUUUUGGGUAUGAGUUUGCAUACUGCAACUGCAAGGAAAACGCACCAAGGCAGCCCAGAUCCACAGGGGCAACAAGACCAAAGGCUCCACGAUUUUGGGGACGAGCUGUCUCCAUGCAGGUCUUGUUCAACCCCAUGCAAGUCUGAAGUACAGAAAGGUGUUACCAGCUGUGGUGGGAUAACUGUUCUCUGGGGUCAGGUUUCUGAAUCAGUCUGGACCCAGCUCCUGUGGGUGCCUCCUGAACUCCUGUGGUGCCUGCUGUCUCCGUGUCUCCAUGCUGUCCCCAUCCCAAGAGCUCACCCCAGGAGCUGGGGUGGGUUGUCUGCUGGGGCAGUUCAGUGCUUAGGGAAGAGAAGAUUCGUUCCUCUGAAGGCCAAAGUGUCAAGUUCAAGGGAUGUGGAGCUUUGCUCCAUGGCUCCAUCUGUACUGCUGCCUACGCUGCAUCAUUUCUCAGUGCCUCGCUUUCUCAAAUUCUUUUUAAAAAUAGAGGGAUUUUAGCUUGUACUAGAGGAGCAGUGCUCCCAGUGCAGCCUGAAAAUGCUGGGAAUAUUUAAUUCAUGCCAGUGUCCAUCUCUCACCUUUAAUUUCAGGUCUUCUGUUGUGGAGGAUGAGUUGCACAGUCCUAGAGCCAGUCUCAUGAACACAACCCAAAUGUAUCCCUGGGGACGUGUCUAGGGCUAGGGUGUGCUCCUGAUUUCCAUGAAAACUGGGUUAAUCUUCCUUAUUCCACUGGGUGGCAGAAUCUGGCUUCUUAUAAACCAUCCCAGAUAAACCAAACAACAACCCAUUGUCUGGCCUUUCAGCAGCUGACUAGGACAAGUUUCAAACCAUUUUUUUUCUCCUGUUGUUCGGGGUUUUUUAUUCAUGUGCCUUUAAAGUGGUGCAAGUUAAGGGAUUUUUCUGUCAGAUUUUCUAAGCAAAUGUUUUGCAGUCACCUGCAUGCAAAUGAAAAUUAUUACAUAUGAUGAAAUCUUUGAAUCUUGGUAAAUUUUGAUCUGAGCAGAGUCCUUUUCCUGCAAAAAAAGUGAACAGGAAAGCCUUCUUUUGCUAUAGCAAAGGGUUUCUUCUUGUCCUACUAAAUAACCAUGUUUGUCCUGCAAGUCUGUUUGGGUUUUUUUAAAAGUCCAUAAAGGUCUGCUAAGUCUGAAAUGUGGUAAAGCGUUCCCCAAAGUACCUGCUAGCUCAGUUCUUGGUGCAACCAGAAGCAGAUGGUGCAACUGCACUGAUUUUUGCAGGCUGCUUUUCUCCUUUCCUCAUCUUCACAGUCCUGCAGUUAUGAAUUUGCUUUUUUACCAAAUUUGCUUAUGUUCUUAGGUCUUCUUUUUCAGGACAUAAAGGCAAGCAGUGGUCCCCAUGAUGCUCUUUCCAGAUCUCAUUUACUCCUGGCUUGCACUGAGUAUCCUCCAACUCCAGAUGCCAUCACUGGGACCAAGUUUAUUUCAGUGUCUUGCAGAAUUGGCUUAAAAGCUCCUAGUUAGGUAAAGCAACUUUUUGAUCCCAAGGUCAAAGCAAAUCCUUGAAUUUAGGAAGACCAGUUCAGAGAUAUUUUGAUUUUAUCCUAGUUUUGUUUAUGAGACUCAUCACUGAAAAUAAAUGGGAGCAGGAUUGUGGGGUUAGAAGAUAUGAUUUGGGUCUCAGGAGAAAAUCUCACAGGCUUAUGUUCAGAGUGAUAUAUGAGAGGGAUGCCCAAAGAUACCUCACCCGGCAGGGGGAUGAGCUAUUUGGCAUCGCAGAAACAUGUCAGGACCUUUGCACCAUCAUCAGCAGGUGGAGCUGUCCAGCCUGCCCGCACUAGCCUUGUUUUCUCGGGAAAUCAGGCUGUGGAUAGCUUCAGCAAAGGAGAGCCAUUUGUCCAGGAGUGCCCUGCCAUGUGCCAAAUGGCACCGUGAUCCCCAAGGAGCAGUGCCAAAGCUCACCAAGGAGCGGUGGUGCCCUGGUACCCAAGGGCAGCCUCCUCCCACCUACAGAGAAUCAAGCCAUAAAGAGAGGAAAGGCAGCUUUUUAAUAGCUUCUUUUAAAAAAAUCACUCUAUAUCAGGACCAAAUUGUCUUAAUAUCAGUAAUAUUUGUCCUUUUUUUAAGAAAAAAAUUUUGGAAAAGUUAGAGCAGAAGCCUUCUUCCCCUACAUUUCCAAUGGAAGAGAAAAAAUUACCUUUCUUACUCUUCUCUUAUUUGUAGAGCAGAUGAUGGAGGGGAAUUAUUGAAAUGCCAUUCCUGUAGUUGAUGCCUUUUCUCUUUGAAUGAAGUAAACAGAACUAUUCAGGGCGUUUUGGGUUGGGUUUUUUUUGUUUGUUUGCUUUUUUUUGAGAUGAGGGCAGGUCUGAAAAGCACUUUCCAGUCCCUCAUGAGUGGGGUAGGACACGUGUCUGAUUUAUUUCACAUUUCUUUUGGUAAUCAUUUCUUUUGUUAAUCAUUUCAAUGGUUGCAAGCAGCCUGGCAUUACACUCUGUGGAAUCCAUUUCUGUGUGACAUCUGCCUGUUAAAACAGGCUGUGACUUGUCUUCAUCUCCAAAGGCACUGACGUGUCAUGCUGCACAAGAUCAGAGAGUGGUCCAAACAGAAAGCCAAUAUUGUACAGCUGUAAACCUCCUAUAAAUAAAUAAAUUGUGUAUAUUUUAUUCAGA